AGGCUUGGGAGCCAGAAGACCGAGCGAAGAUUCAGUCCUCCAGGUCCUAGAGGGCUCCAGGCGGAAGGAGGAGGUUGGCUCUUUGUCCCUCUGUUCCCUCCCCUCUAUGGUUCCGCCACGCUCCCGAAACUCCCCUGGGCGGCUGGUCUAUUUCUCUAGUCCGUGGAGGAGGAGCCCUCGGAACACCUUCCGUCACAGGCAGCGCUACCUGCCCGUCGAGUACCGCUGCAGCCGGAGCCCCGCCGCCGCCAUGGCGCCCCCCACAGGAGAUGUCCUGGAUAAUAUGUCUCCGUGUUCUGUGACAAACCACUUACGGUGGGACUUGACAGCGGGGCAGAUUGAAAAUCUGACCAACGAACUCAUUGAAAAAACCAAGCGCGUGUACGAUCAGGUGGGAUCGCAGGAGUUUGAAGAAGUGUCCUAUGAGAGCACUCUCAAGGCGCUGGCUGACGUGGAAGUGGAGUACACAGUUCAGAGAAACAUUCUGGAUUUCCCACAACAUGUCUCCCCCUCCAAAGAUAUCCGAACGGCCAGUACUGAGGCAGACAAGAAGCUCUCUGAGUUUGAUGUGGAGAUGAGCAUGAGACAGGAUGUGUACCAGAGGAUUGUCUGGCUGCAGGAGAAAGUUUCGGCAGACUCACUGAGGCCAGAAGCCAAGAGAUACCUGGAUCGGUUAGUUAAACUGGGAAAACGGAAUGGACUGCACCUCCCAGAAGAAACUCAACAAAAAAUAAAAAACAUUAAAAAGAAGCUAAGUCUCCUUUGUAUCGACUUCAACAAGAACUUGAAUGAGGACACUACCUUCUUGCCAUUCACCCGAGAGGAACUGGGCGGUCUUCCCGAGGACUUUCUGAACUCCUUGGAAAAGACCAAGGAUGAUAAGUUGAAGGUCACUCUCAAGUACCCUCAUUACUUUCCUCUCCUAAAGAAGUGUUAUGUUCCUGAGACCAGGAGGAAGGUUGAAGAGGCUUUCAACUGUAGAUGCAAGGAGGAGAACUGUGCCAUCCUCCAGGAGCUAGUGGAUCUCCGGGCUCAGAAGUCCAGCCUGCUAGGAUUUAACACUCAUGCCGACUACGUCCUGGAGAUGAAUAUGGCCAAAACAAGUCAAGAUGUCGCCACAUUCCUAGAUGAACUGGCCCAGAAACUGAAGCCUCUUGGGGAAGAAGAGCGAGUCAUCAUUUUGGAGUUGAAAAAGAAAGAAUGUGAGAAGCGGGCCCUGGAUUUCGACCAGCAGAUCAAUGCCUGGGACAUGCGCUACUACAUGAACCAGGUGGAGGAGACCCGCUAUAAUGUGGACCAGAACCUGCUAAAGGAGUACUUCCCGAUGCAGGUGGUCACCAAGGGCCUUCUGGGCAUAUACCAAGAGCUCCUGGGACUGACCUUUGAACUGGAAGAGAAUGCCAAGGUGUGGCAUGAGGAUGUGAAAUUGUAUUCCGUGAGGGAUGUCGACUCAGGCAAAGUGAUAGGGAAAUUCUACCUGGACUUGUACCCCCGGGAAGGGAAGUACGGUCACGCAGCCUGCUUUGGCCUACAACCUGGCUGCCUCCUCAAGGACGGCAGCCGGCAGAUCUCCAUUGCAGCCAUGGUGGCCAACUUCACCAAACCUACCCCUGAUGCCCCCUCCCUGCUGCAGCAUGAUGAGGUGGAGACGUACUUCCACGAGUUCGGGCACGUGAUGCACCAGCUCUGUUCUCAGGCAGAGUUUGCCAUGUUCAGUGGGACCCAUGUGGAGCGAGACUUUGUAGAAGCACCAUCACAGAUGCUGGAAAAUUGGGUGUGGGAGAAAGAGCCUCUGCAGCGCAUGUCCCAGCACUACAAGACAGGAGAGCCCAUCCCCCAGGAGCUGUUGGAGAAACUCAUCAAGUCCCGUCAGGCAAAUACAGGUCUCUUCAACCUGCGUCAAAUUGUCCUCGCCAAGGUGGACCAGGCCCUGCAUACCCAGACAAAAGCAGAUCCAGCUGAGGAGUACUCCCAGCUGUGCCAGGAGAUCUUAGGGAUUCCCGCCACCCCAGGUACUAACAUGCCAGCCACUUUUGGUCACCUGGCAGGAGGCUAUGACGCCCAGUACUACGGCUACCUCUGGAGUGAGGUAUACUCCAUGGACAUGUUCCACACACGCUUCAAAAUGGAAGGGGUCCUCAACUGUAAGGUUGGCAUGGACUACAGGACCUGCAUCCUGAAGCCAGGUGGCUCUGUCGAUGCUAUCAGCAUGCUGCAGCAGUUCCUCGGCCGGCAGCCCAAGCAAGAUGCCUUCCUCCUGAGCAAAGGCCUGAAGGUGCCGGACAGCAGCUAACUGCCUUCUGCCUGCUGAUGGGCCAGCCUCGGAGGCACGGGAGCUCUUUCGUGCAUCUCCAUUCUUCAGGACUGAGCAAGUGUGGACAUAACCUUCUGCUGGCCUCCCUGUUGCCUUAAACUCCCAACAGAGAGAGAACAGAGGGACUCUCCCAGAAGGGAGUGGGAUGAAGGGGUAUCUCGACACCCCGUCCCAAAUCUGCCCUGUUUUGCUUUCUACUUUUAAACCUUCCAGUCCCUUUUUUUAGGGUCUUUGCUCAGUCACAUUAAGAUGUUUGGAGAGUUCUUGUGUUGGCCAUAUGGUCUGAUAUUUUUUUCCCUUGUCCAUCCCAUCCCGCGGUAACCAAGAUCAGGUUCUCUACUGAAACUAUAACUGUAAUCUUUUUUUUAAAGUGGAGUGAAAGAGGGAGUCUGUCCUCUGCUUCCCUCUCUCCCUCCUUCUACCUUGAAAUGGUUUAGUUUAACAUUGGUUGUUAAGGCAGAAAUCAUGGUUUAGUCUUUUGGGGAUGGUUUUAUCAUACACUGUUUUGGUGGAGGCUUGAUUAGACCUCAGGGAAUUGACGGCUGGGGUGAGUGUGUUGUGUGUGCGGUAGCUGGUGAGUGAAACGAGUGAUUUGUUCUCCUAACUGGAACCAAGGGGCCUUAGAAAGUUCACCCUGAGCUUUGUACAACCUUUACUCCGGGAUUCUGGGGCCAGCAUCUCAGUGUGUGUUUGCUGCCUGGCUCACAUAAUAAACCUAGAGGAAGCUUAUCGAUAACCUGAUCAGUAAGUGGGGUCAGGUUGGAGCUGUCUAGGAGAAGGUGUUUGGAAAGAACUUGGUCUAAGUGACUCCCCCCUUUUAUCCCAGCAGAGAUUCUGCAGGCCUGCUUCCUGUGCUUGGCCACUCUUCACCCUUCAGCCCACGUGAACAAGACAAGCACAGACUGGAGCACAGCUUUCAGGCUGUGAGGGUGUGAUGGCAGAGAUAGAGAGGGAGCUCCUGGCAAAAACCGAGGAAGAUGCAGUGCCUUUGAUUUCGAAAUGGGAGGGAGUAUCUGUUUAAAAGGGAGCAGGCUUUAAAUUGGUGGGUGUCAGAUAAAUCAAGGCAUGAGCUCUCCAGGCCUGACACACUGCCUGCUCCUGUGCCCUCAGUCAGUGGAUAAGCAUUUAUUAAACAUUCCUAAGACAAACCCUCCCCUCAAGGAGCUCACAGUCUAAUGGGGGAGGCAACAUUCAAACCACUAGGUCCAAACAAGCUGCAGACAGGAUAAAUAGGAGAUAACCCAGCAGAGGGAAGCCCUGUAAGUAAGAGGGAUUGGGAAGAGUUUGUGUAGAGGGUGGAAUUUUUGGUGGGACUUGCAGGAAGCCAAGAGGCAAAGAAGAGGUGGAGGAGUGUUCCAGACAAGGGAAACAACCAGAGAAAAGAUCUGUAGCAAAGAGACGAAGGGCCUUGUUUAAGGAACAGCGACCAAGCCACACCAAAUCCAUUUCCAUCUAAAGGCAAUCAAGUGCCCUCUUUUCUCCCCACCCUCUUUGGCCUGCUCUUGCAGCUGGACCAGCAGAAAUCCCAGCUCUACCCCUGACUCACUGUGUGACCUUGGGCCAACUUUCCUGGGCCUCACAUUGGUGUAGGUGAUCUUUAAAGCUUCUCCCCCCGCCCCAUCCUAAUAGUCAGCAAGUCAAUGAUUAUUGAAUGUUCCUGUCCAAAUGCCCUAGUUCCUCGAAGAAGUCUUAGCCUCAUCUGCUUCUCAGCACACUGUCUUGUAUAGUCAUCCUGCUUGGGGAGGCCCCUCUCGAAGAAACCCCUUCAGGGAGAAGUCAAGUCCCGGUCCUGGCAGCCAAGUGUCCUCCUGCCUUUAACUGAACCAAUUAAUGAUAAUUACAUUUUAAUGACCCCAGAUCGUCAGCCUCAGGUACGACACCAUAAAUCCCUCACCUUUGUGAGCCUGGUAACUUUUAGCUGGCCAUGGUAGCACCCAGGCUUUGGCCUUGUUGUCCCCCUCCCCCUUACCAAGGAAUGACCAGAGAUGGGGAUUUAGUCUCUGACUUUAUUUAAUCUUUUGAUUUAAAUUAGAAACUUCUUAAUACCUUGGUAGUAAGCCCCCUAUUCUUGAUUGUGAAGUAUGGUGCCUUCCUCUCUUUACUGUGGGUUUUUCAGUCACUUGCUUGGAGCUCCCACGACUCCUCCAGACUUUGCUUAAGCAUCUCUCUUGUUUGGUCUCAGCAGACCCCAGUGUAGAAACAGCUGACAGUGCCGUCUGCCACAGUAAGGUCCACCGGUAAAGUCAAGUACUGAGCUCUCCAGGUGGGCAAGGGAGUGUUUGCCUCUCCCCUGCCCAUGGACCAGGGGGUGGGAGUGGGGUCUUGUGCCCCUCUUUCCCAGCUCCUCCCCACCUUGUCUGUCACCAGUUCACACCCAGCUCCUAAACCAGGGUGGGACCAUUUAGAGGCUGUUUGUGCCCAGCCAGACCUUGAGACUGUUGUACCUAAUUUACACUGGCCUUUCCUAAACUCUUGACCAGGAGGACAGAUACCUUAUUUUCCUUAGCCAGAGCUAGUAAGGGCAGGUCUGAAGGGUUACUAUCUGGUGUUGCUGGUGUUUUCACUAUCUCAGAAAAGUAAGGUGCUUAGUUUUAGAUUCUAUGGCUACCACAGCUGAAUGCUGUAAAGUCUACAAUCCUCUGGUCCAAAAUACCAACUCCACAGGGCAGUUGCACUGGUGUCAGGAGAUGAGAUCUUUUAUCUUUUCCUUUGUCCAGCUACCACCCUUUUCUACCAGCCAGACCCUAUUGGACCCAGCAGUGAGUGAGUGGCCUCUGAUUCAUCCAAAUGCAGCUAAUUGAUCUUUGCCUUGCCACAUGGCAUCAGGGAAGGCUGGAGGCCAAGUGGGUCUUCCUGGCUUGUGACCUUAGGCCCAGCUGCUGGUUUUUGUUGUUGUUUUAACGAUGUAGAUAUCAAAAGUCAUAAGCAGGGAAGCGAACAAGGAAUCUGAGGUUCUUGGCUGCUUUUAGAACCCUGCCAGCCGGCUGCCAAUGAGCUUGGAAACACGUGGGAGGGGCCAUUUCAAGAGGCUACGUGUGUACUAGGCGGAGCUGUGAGAGCUAGUGUCACAGGAAGAUCACUGGGUUUGAAUCCUGACUGUUACUCGUGUGACUGUGGACAAGUCCCUUCCCCUCCCUGCACCGGUUUUCCCCAUUUGCAAAAUUAUAAGAUUGGACUGUAUCUUUAAGGGUCGGUCCUUCCACCUCUUAAUCCUUGGUCUAAUUAAGCCGGCAAAGAAUGCAUUGUCUGUCCAAGUUAUGACUGAACCCCAGAAUUACUCCUUUUCUACGAAGUCCUCAGGGGAGCAGCGAGGGCUUGAUUUUGGGUGGUGUCCUUCCUGGUAACCUAACCCACCCUGUGCCCCCAGCACGGAGCUCUUGCUCUACCCUGUCUCCUGUGGCAGGAUAAGGAAUGUGGAAAGGUCACAGGUUUUGAAUUCCUGCCUGCUUUGCCUAGCCAGCCCAGUGCCCAUAUUGCUCAUUCCUCAGGAGCUCAUGUCUUAGUGCUUAGAGGUAUUCGAGCCUCUGGAGGUGAAUGUGGCCCCCUCUUCCCAGUGUUCUCUCCAGUCACCCUUUCUCCAAAGCCCAGGGACCUAGGCCUCUUCACAAAGGGUCUUUUGCUGUCUCUACCUGACCUCAUUUCUCUUUGCCUUUGCUUCCAGCAUCUUAAAAGCUUUUUUCCAUGCCCUGACGUAUGUCGCUUGUACUGAAAGCCCAGCUCAGGUACUCAGCAGAAUCCCAAAGGAGAAACACGUGCUCAGUUGGGGAUGGCUUAAAAUACCUAAGGCAGGUGUGAGGCCGCUGAGUCAGCACUGGACAGCCUGGGCUCCCCAGAGGCCUUCCGCUCAUCGAGAAAGGAUUGUCUGCCAUCUUAUCAUCUUCACCCCAGCCUCUAGACACGGCAGGGCUAGAGACUGCUGGUCUGUCUCAUUUGGGCUCUACUCCUGCCCUAAGUCAGCAAGAGAAUGUGGCUGCACACUGUGCCCCUUGCCCCUCCCCCCUGCUGCAGGUACAGCAGCUGCCUGGUCAGGAAACAGGCGCGUGGUAUAGUGAGGAAUGCCAGGCUGGGAAGGUGCCCGGCUCCUCUCCCUUGUCUGUGUUCCCUUUAUCUUUCUCAAAAGUAACUACUGGGCAGAACCUGCUUCCCCCUGAUGACUGCCUCUCACUGUCCCAUGCAAGCCUGGUACCAGGCUCGGCACUGAAGCUGAAUGGAUUCUGUCUUUCUGGGGUGGGAAAAGGAAGUAGCCCAUAACCAGAAGCCUCAAGCCUAGUUGCCCCGACGUACCCUCCAAAGCCUCGUGACUGCACCAGCUUUAUGGAGACAGUUAAAAUCAACUUACAGAGAGAGAAUGUGACACUGAGGCUGGGAAAACUUGCCCCUCUAUAGACUUCCAACCGCACCAAAAAGGUCCUCUUAUUAAUUCAACUCAGCAGUUAUUAAGCAUCUACUAUGCAAGACAUUGUGCUAGGGAUACAGACAAUUACCAAACAGUCCCUGCCCUCUAUGAGCUCACAUUCUACAGAAAGCACUAUGGGGUUUAAGGAUCUGUCUCUGGGUGUGCAGUUGGCCCCUUCCCACCUACCACCCUCCCCUUGGGGGUCAAGUGUCAGUCUGCACCCCAGCCCCUGCCUUUCCCUCAAAGAAUGUUGCUUUUGAGAUUUUUGUAAUGGUUCAGGUCAAACUGGCUUGUUAAGCCGGUUGUGUUUCAGCAAAGUGCUUAUUACUAAUAAAAAGUGGUUUCUAAAAGGA